CUAACAGUUGGGGGCGGGGCUAAAGACUAGGGUGGCCUAAAUGACAGAUGAGUGGAUUCUACAGCCCAGGACCAUGGCCACACAAAAUUUAGAGAAGGCAGCCAUAAAGAUUCAGUCAUGGUGGCGUGGCAACCUGGUGCGCCGGACGUUACUGCACGCAGCACUCAGGGCAUGGGUCAUCCAGUGCUGGUGGAGGUCGAUGCAGGCCAAGAUGUUGGAGCAGAGACGGCGCCUGGCACUAAGACUCUACACCUGCCAGGAGUGGGCAGUGGUGAAGGUGCAGGCACAGGUUCGAAUGUGGCAGGCCCGCAGACGGUUCCUCCAGGCACGCCAAGCGGCCUGCGUCAUCCAGUCUCACUGGCGCUGGCAUGCCAGCCAAACCCGGGGCCUGAUCCGGGGCCGCUAUGAGGUCAGAGCCAGCCGGCUGGAGCUCGACAUCGAAAUCCUCAUGGCCUAGGGUGCUGGCAGAGCCAAGGAGGCUGGAUCUCUCUCCCAAUAAAGUACUUACUGACCACA